AUGUCCAACAGCAGCUCCAUCACCCACUUCCUCCUCCUGGCAUUCGCAGACUCACGCGAGCUGCAGCUCUUGCACUUCUGCCUCUUCCUGGGCAUCUACCUGGCUGCCCUCCUGGGAAACGGACUCAUCAUCACCGCCAUAGUCUGCAACCACCACCUCCACAGCCCCAUGUACUUCUUCCUCUUCAACCUCUCCCUCCUUGACCUGGGAUCCAUCUCUAACACUGUUCCCAAAUCCAUGGCCAAUUCACUCUGGGACAUCAGGGUCAUUUCCCACACAGGAUGUGCUGUCCAAGUCUUUUUGUUUUUCUUUUUGAUGUCAGCAGAAUUGUAUCUUCUCACUGUCAUGGCCUAUGACCGCUACAUUGCCAUCUGCAAACCCCUGCACUACAGGACCCUGCUGGGCAGCAGAGCUUGUAUCAACAUGGCAGCAGUUGCCUGGGGCAGUGGCUUUCUCAAUGCUCUCAUUCACACGGCCAAUGCAUUUUCCAUACCCCUUUGCCAUGGAAAUGAUGUGAACUUGUUCUUCUGUGAAGUCCCCCAGAUCCUCAAGCUCUCCUGCUCAGAUGCUUCUCUCAGGGAGGGCUGGCUUCUUGUGUUUAGUGUCUGUAUUGCAUUUGGGUGUUUUAUUUUCAUUGUUUUCUCGUAUGUACAGAUCUUCAGGGCUGUGCUGAGGAUCCCCUCUCAGCAGGGACAGCACAAAGUCUUUUCCACGUGCCUGCCUCACCUGGCCGUGGUCUCCCUGUUUCUCAGCACUGCAGUGUUUGAUCACCUCAAGCCCCCCUCCAUCUCCUCCCCAACCCUAGAUCUCAUCGUGGCAGUUCUGUACUCGGUGGUGACUCCAACAGUGAACCCCCUCAUCUAUACCUUGAGGAACAAGGAAAUCAAGGAUGCCUCAUGGAAAAUGAUCCGAUGGGUGCUGUUUCACUGGCAAUAA